AGCAUGCAUAAACCUAAUACUAUAAUAGUUACGAAAAAGCUAUAAUUUUGAACAACUGAACAUAUUACCCCGAAAAACCUAAAAUGGACAAGCCUUCGGACGGUUUCGUGGAUGAAAAUGAAAUUGCGGCGACGGAUCAGGACUGGGAGGAUUUCGAAAAGUUCCUGCGAAAGAAGAAAAAGGAGGAAAAGAAGAAACCCGAACCGCAAAUGGCGUUUUAUCCUUUUCCGUUGCAAGAGGAGGAGUACCAAAGUACUCUUAUGUAUGGCCGGUAUAGCCGGCAACUAGGAGAAUUUGCAAAAUUAGAAGGCCUUAAAGCGCAAGAAAAAAGAAGAAUCAAGGAGGAGAAACAAAGAAAAAGAGAACUUAGAGGAUAUCAAGGAAAGUUAGCCAAAACAGUAUCGUUCCUAUGGAAGCACACGUUCGCCAGGUUGGGCGAGGACUGGGUUUUCCUAGCACUUUUAGGAAUUAUCAUGGCCCUUAUAAGUUUUAUUAUGGACCAUGGAAUAUCUAUGUGUAAUUCGGCUAGAAUAUGGUUAUUCAACGAUUUAUCGUAUCACCCAGCUGCACAGUACGCCGCAUGGGUCUCUCUUCCAGUAACCUUGGUAUUAUUUAGUGCAGGGUUUGUUCACUUGGUGGCACCACAGUCAAUAGGUUCUGGUAUUCCAGAAAUGAAAACGAUUUUAAGGGGAGUAGCACUAAAAGAAUACCUGACUUUUAAAACGCUAGUCGCUAAGGUUAUUGGGUUGACAGCUACAUUGGGUAGUGGUAUGCCGCUAGGUAAAGAGGGUCCGUUUGUGCACAUAGCAAGUAUCACAGCUACCCUACUAUCAAAAUUAAUCACUGGAUUUCAGGGGAUUUAUGAAAAUGAAAGUAGGACUACAGAAAUGUUGGCUGCGGCUUGCGCGGUUGGCGUUGGAAGUUGUUUUGCGGCGCCAGUUGGAGGAGUUUUAUUUAGUAUAGAAGUAACCACGACAUACUUUGCGGUACGCAACUACUGGAGAGGUUUUUUCGCGGCGGUAUGCGGCGCAACAACUUUUCGUCUAUUAGCGGUUUGGUUUCAGAGGGCGGACACCGUAACUGCCGUUUUUAGAACAAAUUUUUUGAUGGAUUUUCCCUUUGAUCCUCAGGAGUUGUUCGUUUUCGCCCUGAUCGGCGCAUUUUGUGGACUUACGGGUGCAUUUUAUGUAUGGGUUCACCGGCAGUACGUCAUGUUCAUGAGAAACAGCAAGACGAUAAAUAGUUUUUUACAAAAAAAUCGAUUCCUGUAUCCCAGCAUUGUGGCUUUAGCUGUUUCUACCUUAACCUUCCCGCUAGGGUCAGGACAAUUUAUUGCAGGCGAUUUAAAUACGCAUGAUCAAGUGUCCGCUCUAUUUAGUAAUUUCACCUGGACAAAAAUGAAUCAUACUCCAUACGAGGAGAGCGUGAUUAAGCAUUGGAAGACUGAUUAUACUGGUGUGAUAUUUUCGUUAAAUUGUUAUGUUAUUUUUGUGUUUGUGGCUUCAAUUAUAUGUUCGACAAUACCGAUUCCGGCCGGCAGUUUCAUUCCUGUUUUUAAAAUUGGAGCUGGUAUUGGAAGGAUUGUUGGCGAGCUGAUGCACAUGUGGUUUCCGACUGGUAUGAGAUAUGGUGGUAACGUGGCCCAAAUAAUCCCUGGUGGAUACGCUACCGUUGGAGCGGCAGCGUUUGCCGGCUCCGUCACUCAUACCAUCUCAGUUGCUGUGAUAGUUUUUGAAAUGACGGGUCAAGUGACUCAUAUAGUGCCUAUAAUGAUAGCCGUGCUCAUAUCUAACGCUGUGGCUAGCUUGUUGGCUCCCAGUUUAUACGAUAGCAUCAUUUUAAUUAAGAAGCUACCGUAUUUGCCGGAUCUAUUACCUAGUAGUAGUGGAAUGUACAAUGUAUACGUGGAAGAUUUUAUGAUAAGAGAUAUAAAAUAUAUUUUUCAUGGAAUGACUUAUGAGGAGCUUAAACUGUUACUUAAGGAAAAUAGACGACUUCAAAGUUUUCCUCUGGUUGACAAACCAGAGAGCAUGAUUCUGUUAGGUAGCAUUCAGCGAUUACAACUUAUUCAGACAAUUGAGAAACAUAUCGGAAGAGACAGAAGAUUACAAGUGGUAGCAAUAAGACAAAGAGAAGCUGCAGAAAAAGCGGCAGAAGAAGCCCGUAAACAAGCAGAAGAGAGAAAGAGAAGACCAUCUAGAUUUCAGGUGGUGCCAGCACCCGAUAUGCUUGAAAGACACACGUCUGAAAAUCAUUUGGAACCUCAUCAACAUACUUACACUCCAAACUUUGGCACACAACCUAAAAAAUCAAUUUUAAAGAAAACCAAUUCCUUCACCCUUAAAGGAUUUUCACCAUUUAUGAAUACGAGUCCUGGUAGUACCCCGUAUACUACCGUUACCGGAGCAGAGAGUAGAAUUCGCUCAGCAUUUGAGGCAAUAUUUAGGAAAUCUGCUCAUCUUCAAGACGUAGAUAACUCUGAAGGCCAGCAUGUUUUAGAUAGUCCCAGAGCAGUCCAACCUCAAAUCGUGCCCGUAAGCCCUACAACUUCUAAGAAGGUCCAACUGCCUAAAGAAAGAGUUUGUGAUAUGAGUCCGGAAGACCAAAGAAAAUGGGAAGACGAGCAAAUGCGACAGCCCGUAGACUUUACAGCCUGCCAAAUAGACCCUGCCCCAUUUCAGUUAGUAGAAAGGACGUCACUGCUGAAAGUUCACUCUUUGUUCUCAAUGGUGGGGGUAAAUCAUGCGUAUGUCACCGCAAUAGGAAAACUGGUCGGUGUUGUUGGUCUGAAGGAACUAAGAAAAGCAAUCGAAGAUGCCAACAGCGGCAACUUACCGCAACACGCAGAUGCCAAUCCGGGGUCGGGUUCGGUUAGUGUUUGUGACGUUAAGGAGCCACUCGAUGACGUAGACUCUAGUGUCCAACUGGUUUCGAAAGUUUGAAAUGACAAAAUGGUGAUUUUGCUUGAGAAAAAGUCUUUUUAGACGGCACCUUUUCACGCAUUCCAUUGUUUUGUGUCUUUUAAAGGUGUCUGUAGAAGUGUCCUAAAAGCAUUCUAUGAUUUUAUUACAGUUUUAGAUUCUACGUAAAAUUCCAAAAAAGACAGUAUGACUUAGGACCUAUCAAAUUUCUUAGAAUUUGAGGUCGAAUUUCAAAAUAGAAAAAUGUAUAAGAUGUCCUAUUCAAAAGACCAUUAACAAGUAUUAUAUAGGAACAAAGACAACAUAUUAGUUGACUUAAAUAUUGUAUUAGGAUGACGGCUUACCCUCACACUCACUUGUAUCGUACCUCUCUUAUACACAUAUCUGGGAAUAUCCUUAUUUAUGCCUACAUUUUUGUAUUUCAGACAUUCGACAAAACAAUUUGUUUCUUAAUUUAGUAGUAUAAUACUCCAAAUGUCCUUUUGUAUAUAUUUAGCCAAUAUUAGAGAAGUAGCCAUCUAAUAAAUAGUUUGACUGUUACAUGUAUAUGUUUCCUAUUUUUUGAAAUGUCAAAAGACAAUAAAUUUUAUAAGUAGCUAUAGUUAAAAUUUAAACUAUUUUUAUUAAAUCAGCUUUUGAUACUACUUUUAGAUAGUAUCCGAGAGAAUAUAAAGAACAUAAAAUA